UCUGUCUGCCUGUCUGUCUGCUGAGGUAUGCAGGAAGCUGCAGCCGGACCAGCUGAUGUAUGACGUGAAGCGUGAGUGACGUCCGAGACCAGCCAAUCACGUGCAUCCGUUUCGGUUUCGUCAGCCAAUCGGGACCUGACACGAAGGGGGGAGGAGGAGGAGUCCAUGCGAGGAGGGUGAGUUUGGGAAGUCUGUUCACCUGUUCCACUCCCACACGCGACAUGUCUGCUCCAGAUGCAGAGACACACACCUGAGCCCCGUGUGAAGACCUGAGGGAGGAGAUGAUACCAGAGCCCACAGCUACAGCUGCAACCAAGCAGAAUAAGGAUGAUGACGAGGCAAACUCCUCCGGGGCUGUCAAUCAUUCAGAGGAUGAGUCGGGGAAUGAGAACAGACAAAAGAGCGUGGUGGUGGUGAGACGAAGGAGGAGAGCGCACAAGGGUUCAGAGAACGUCAAGCUCAAGAGCGUCAAAGCCAGAUGCAGCGGCGCCGGCAGAGCGAGAGGCCGCCAUGGGAAACAGAAGCAGGUGGAGGCUGUGACCCUGUUCGAGGUGAUCACCAUGGGCAGGAGUGCCAUGCAGGCGGUGAUCGAUGAUUGGAUCGAGGCGUACGCCUCGGACAGAGACUCCUCUCUGCUCGAUCUCAUCAGCUUCUUCAUCCAGUGCUGUGGCUGCAAAGGUGUGGUCACAGCUGAGAUGUGUCAGAGCAAAGAGGACAGUGAAGUCCUGAGUAAGAUGGUGGAGGAGCUGGAUGAGGUCACUGGUCUGCAGUAUAAGAAGUUUCUGGCCUUUCCGUGGAUCCUCACAGUCACGUGGCCCAUGGAUACAGACAGCGUGGAGUAUCCUCUCAUACAGUCCGGACCGUACGGCCGCUGGUUCCACUCGGAGUUCUGCGACUUUGUGUCGGUGCUGGUGGCUCAGUGUCAGCACAGCGUCAUCUUUGACAGUUACCUGAUGAACACCGUCAUCUCGCUGCUUACCGAGCUGUCCAACUCUUACGUACGGGCCUUCAGACACACCUGCACGCUCGCAGCCGUGAAGCUGCUGAGCUCUCUGGUGAGCGUCGCCGUGAGCCUGAGCGUCAGCGUCGAAAACAGCCAGAAGCUGUACGAGGUGCAGAAGACGAAGAUGAUGAGGCAGAAGAGCUCGCUGCAGCUGGAGAGAAUACAGAAGAACAUCAGAGAGCUGCAGGAGAAGAAGGCGGAGAUAGAGAGCAUGAUGGACAUCGUCUUCAAAGGAGUCUUCCUGAAGAGAUAUCGCGACGUGCUCCCGGAGAUCCGCUCCAUCUGCAUGGAGGAGUUGGGUUUGUGGAUGAAGCUCUACAGUUCUGCGUUCCUCAACGAUAGCUACCUCAAAUACGUGGGCUGGAUGAUGCACGACAAGAUACCGGACGUGCGUCUCAAGUGCGUGUUAGGUCUGCAGGGUUUGUAUGGAGAGCCUCUGCUCCUCCCUAAACUGGACCUGUUCACCAGCCGCUUCAAGGACCGGAUCAUCUCCAUGACCCUGGAUAAGGACAAUGAAGUGGCAGUGCAGACCAUGAAACUGCUGCUUCUCAUCUCCAGAACGUCCGAUGAUGUGCUCAGUCCUGAGGACUACAAGCAGCUCCUCCAGUUUGUUUACUCCUCACAGCGCCCUCUGGCGGUAACCGCGGGGGAGCUGCUCUACUCCAGGCUUCUCGACGCUGUAGCUCCGGCCUCUGAUACUCAGGAUGGAGUAAAUGAGGACGAGGCUCGUGAACAACAAAUAUCUUCCAGACUGAAGGCUCUGCUGCGCUUCUACCAGGAGUCUGAGCUGCACAAGCAUGUGGUUUAUCUCGUGGACAGUCUGUGGGACUGCGGCGGAGCUCUGCUCAAAGACUGGCCCGCACUCACAUCUGUACUGCUGCAGGAGCCGUCCUCACACAGUCCAGGUCUUACUCAGGCAGAACAAGCUGUACUCGUGGAGGUCCUGGUUGCGUCGGUGCGUCAGGCCUCAGAGGGACCGGUGCUGGCAGGAAGGAGCGGAGCCAAGAAGGUGAUGAGUGCCAGAGAAAAGAAACUUCUGCUCGAUGACUGUACCAAACUCACUGAACAUCUGCUCACGGUGCUUCCUAAGUUACUGUCCAAGUUCUCCAGUAGUUGUGACGUUGUCGCCUCCCUGAUGAAGAUUCCUCAGUACUUCCUCCCAAAGUGUGUCGAGGCUGAAAACACACAGGCGGUGUCCAGCCUGAUGGCAGAGAUGGGAGCUGUUCUGGAGCUCCACUCCAGCCCUGCCGUGCUGGAGGCCGCAGCCCGCACAUACCUCAGCCUGUGCGGGGAGGAGACGGCCGGAUGCUCCACCGCCCGGGCUGCCAGGGACUCUCUGGUCCAGCACUGGGUGGAGCAGCUGACAGCGCUGCUGGGGGAUUCACCAGAGGGUGACAGUUUGUUCGCUGAUGAGGAGAAAACUGCAGAAAUCUUAUCCACACUGAAGAAACUCCGAGCUUUCCACAACUGUCACGACCUCAUCCGCUGGAACCUGUUUGAGGUGUUGUCUCCUCUGCUGUCACUGGAGAGCAGCCAGGAAGGAGCUCGGCCUGCGGUGCUGCUGGAAGUUCUGCAGUGUCUGAGUUACUCCAUGCUCUGGUCUCUCAACACGAGCGGCGAAACUCUGACGUCCAGGGAGAAAGCUGUAGCCCAGAGACUGCAGCUGCGUCUCUUCUGCGAGAGAGGUCAUCACUUCCUCUCCCACCCUGACCACGGCGUGCGGCAGCAGGCUUUUCUGGGCGUCUGUGACGUCCUCACGGCUCACUCCUACCAGCUCCACGUGUGGGAUCCCACCUCCUUUGGUCCGCUGCUCUACACUCCCAGUCCCAAACUGCAGAGGGCACUGUUGACCUUCGUAUGCGUGCACGUCUUUGUCGGGUCAGACUGUGACAGCCAGUGCAGCGCCGGCGAGAACUCUGAAGUGGAGAGGCUGGAGGACCUUCACAAGCAGAGAAAUCUGCUGGCGGCCUACUGCAAACUCAUAGUGCACGGAGUGCUGGAGAUGAGCAUGGCAGCUGAGGUCUUCAUGUACUACAUGAAGUACUACAACGAUUUCGGAGACAUCAUCAAGGAGACGCUGUACAGGACCAGACAGAUGGAUAAGAUCGAGAGCGCUCGUACACUGGUGCUCUGUUUGCAGCAGCUGUUUGUCCGUCUGAAGCGAGAGCAGGAGAGCGGCGGUAGAGCUCACCCAGGAGUUCAGACGUUCACCAGCAUCAAGGAGCUCGCCAGGAGGUUCGCCCUCACUUUCGGGGACCUGGUCAAGUUUCGUGAGUGCGUCGUCAUGAUCCACAGGAACGGCAUUGAGUUUGUAUUCCAGGAGUUCAGUCAGACCCCAGAAACACCUACACCACCGUACCUCUCCUACCUGACCAUCCUCAGCGAGUUCUCCAGCAAACUGCUCAAACCAGACAAGAGAACAGUGUUCACGUACCUGCAGAAGCACACCGCAGAGCACAUUGUUGACCUCAGGGAGGAGUGCUGGCAGCCACUGAUCUACUAUCGCGCCUCCCUGUUGGCUGUAGCCGAAGGAGAGGACGCCGUGUCCUACGUCAGCUCUGACAGGAAGCCCAACCGCUCUCCUUUCUCCAAACAAAAAGUGGAAGGAAGUAAGUCCCCGUGCCCGUUCAGCCCGGCUGACUCCAAAGUCAGCAAAGCUCACAGGUCCAGCUUCAGUCCAAGCCAUCAGGAUAAGACACCGGAUCCGGAUCCCUUCUCUGUCCCCGCGGAGCCUCCUGCAAAGAGAUCGAACAUCGAGGCGUCCGUCCUCGGCACGAGCGACGAGCCGGACGAUGACACUGUGGAAAUCGAACUGUGACUGUUGUGAACUUUUCUGUUCCGACGUCCUGACGUCCCAGGGCGUCUAUUUAUACAGUUCUGUUAAUAAGCUUAUUUUAAAACCGCAGUCUAUAUUUUGUAUGAGGACAAAGUUUGAAAGGAUAAAGCCGUGAUGUUCUGGUUUUCUCCCGUGAAUCUCAUGAAAAGACUUCUCCCUCCCUCAGUGCCAAAAACCUCGAGUGUUGCCCAGAAAGUAUUAAAAAGAUAAAGAGAGAAGACAUGACAAAGUUCACUUUGAAUAAAUCCCACAUUCACCAUCCUGUUGCUGUAAAACCAAAAAUGUAAUUCACAGUCCCUCGAAAAAUGCACUUUAACUGCUGUUUGACUACAUGUAUUAAAAACUAAAGUCUGAAUGUUUUAGUAAAUUACUGAGCCCAUUUUAAAAAAAGAAAAUAAUAUAUGGGCUAUAUGUGGCGACAUACAAGAAUACAAGUCGAGUCUUUUCAUGGGAUGUGUUAACAGAGAAACGCUGAGGACGCUCGCCUUAUCCUUUAAAUAAUGUCAAGUAUAUUUUAUUUACAGAGCACUUUCAUUUGAGGACCGAGUGUUUUUGCACAUGUACAACCCCGAUUCCAAAACAGCUGGACUCCACGUUGAAUGUAAUCAUAUAUUUUUAAAAAGUUGAGUGCAGCACAGAGAUGAGAUGGACUGGAGGUCGCAACAUGUUCAAGAAAAAGUGUAAAAAAAUUAUGUAACGCUUCAAAAACACCUGAUGGAAACCGGUUUAAACAGGUCGCAGGUGAAAGUAUCAUGACUGGAUAUGAACGGCUGAGUCCUCGUGAUUCAUCGUGCUCGCUGUGCACUUAAAAUAACAAAUUUAUGGAUUUCGAUCUACUUCGAUUUGUGACCUUUGAUUCCCUCCAGGCAUCACGCAUUAAAAAAACAGCAUGACGUUAUAAAAGAUAUUACUACAAGGGCUUGGGAACAUUUUGGAAAAUCCCUGCAUCUGCAAAAACAACUUAAGACUCCAUCACGCGAAGAGAAAGUCAGAUAUGAAGACGAGUUCACUUUUUUGUUAAAAAUUAAAUUCACGUUUUUUCAAAGCGACCUAGAGUUUUGUCGUCGGGGUUGUACGUGUCCGUUCUGUACUUGAAUAUUACAAGUGACUCUAAACGAUCCAUCUUUUACAUUUAUUUAUAUUAUUCAACUUUCUAUUUUUCUCAGAGCGCAUUAAGAACUCUGCUUCAUCCUCCUGCCUGCCACUUUAUUAACGCUCCUUAUAGUUAUAAGGUCAAAGCUUGUGUAUGCUGUAUAUUUAUUUAAAUAAACAUUUGUCCACGCAGUA